AUGCUGGGGGACCAGAGGACGAGGGCCUUCAACAUGCUGCGGGCGGCGAGGGCGCUAGUGAAGUAUGCCGCGCGGUCGAAGAAGGGAAAGUUCAGCAGCAUGCUGGAGCUGCAGCUGGAGGAAGAUGGAGGAAGGAUGCAGAUCGAACGGAUGGAAGACGGCAUGGCCACAGUGUCUGUGGAGGUUGCUCCAUGGUGCUGCGGGGGAGACGGUCGGGUGACCCUUGCUGCACUUCUGGCCAUGUUCGACGAGGUCAGCACCUUCUGCGGUUGCGUUCCAUGGGAUGGCAACAGCAGGCCAGGGGUGAGCCUGCAGCUGUCAGGGAGGAGCAUGAAGGUCGCCGAUGUUGGCGCUGGGGACAGAAUCACGUUGAGGUACAGCAUGCAAAAAUCUGGCAAGACCGUAUCGUUCCUGCACGGUCAUGCCAUCAACAAGCAAGGAGAGGAGCUCGCGUACUUACGACACGUCAAGUUCAUGCCAAUGGGGUUGUUAUUCGACGUGUUCGGGAGAAAGUCUAUCCGCCACCAUACCCUCAACUACUUCGAGCGAUACGUCGACUCUAUGCCCCCUAACGUGGUGCCAGCGCACGCGAGCAUAGAGGAAGUUUUCAAGCUUAGCGACAUGGAGAAGGAGGGAGACAGCAAGACUUGUGAAGUGAGCUUGUCGGCCGAACACGCGAACCCCAACGGAUUCUUGCAUGGAGGAGCAGCAGUAAUGCUUUCAAAUCACCUGGCGCUGCAUGGGGAGCCUGUAGAUCCAAGGAUGCACGUGUACUCAGUCAAUUCAGAUCUCCUCUCCUCCAUUCCCUUGCGCAAGGGAGUGCAGACCAAGGUUCAGAUGGAUUCCUCCCGCACUUCUUCCAGCCCCUCCGACUUCACUUCCCACGUUCGCCUCCUUAAGGCCGGGAGACCAACGUCCUACAGCCUAGUGAGCUGGCGGCAGUUCUGA